AAACACCCACAUCUUUUUCUUCUUACUUUGCUUUUCAACGGGGGGUUGAACUAUAUACAUAUUUUUUAAACUCCGAUCUGACCAAACAAAGAACAUAUAUAUUUUAUCAAAGUCACGCGGAUGGAUAAAAAGAUUGAGUCAAGCAGAUAAUCAGAAUAAUAAAGUCUCCAAGGUGACCAUAAAUAUUUAAAUCAAUAGAGUAAAAGUAAAAAGAAAUAAUUAAAAAAACCAAAAUAGUGAGAAACAGGCAGGCAGGUAGCGGUAGAGACAAUUAGGACAACGAUAGUAAACAAAAAAAGAAAGAAAAAAGAAGUCUAAUCCAAUUAUAAUCUUAAUCUAAUACAUUUUUAAUUUGUUUUUGUCAAGUAAAUCUAAUCUAAUUUCUAAUUCGAUAGAUGAGGGGGUCGUAAGUAGUUAAGAGUGUUUAUCAUGCAUCGAAUCGUAAGUUCGAUUCCCCGCUCUUCUAAUGUUGCUUGUAUCAAAAAAUUUAUAAUUUAAUAGGAGCAAAGAAAUAGGUACCAGCCCAUACAAAGUCACCCAGAAAUAGGGAAUAAAUAAAUAAAAAAAUCUUUUUUUAUUUUUUAUUUUUUCUGGAAAAAAGGGAAAAUUUCUCUCAUUCAGUCAUUCUUUGCUUGCUCCUUUUAACAUCACGGGAUCCCCAUCCCUUUUUUCUCUCUUUCCUUUCGUCUUCCUUCCUUUCUUUCUUUCUUUUAUGUCUUCCAUUUCCUCCUCUUCCUCACCUCACUACCACCACCUGAACUCAACUUCUCUACAUUUGGGUUUCACUCUCUUCCUUCUCUCUGCUCUGCUUUGCUCUUUCUUCUAACAAAGAGCAUUGAAGCAACAGAGAAAGCUUGAAAUUAACAAACUCUGUAUUUUUCUGUGUGUUUCUGGGAAGCUGAGGCAGUGAAGAAAAUGCCCCACACUACUGGCAAAUCAAUGCAAGAAAUGGGCUUUGAUUCUCUCACGAGCCGCUUCCGUGACUCACUGAGUUACAACAGCGACACCAACAAUAAGAACAAGCCCGAUUUCAAAGAACUCGAUCUGGGUUCACCCGUUUCGCCAUUGAUGACCCGGAGCUCUGUCAGUGGUGGCAAUGGCGGUGGUGUAGCCGCAACCACUUCAAGCUGUAGUUCAGGUACUUCUUCUGGCUCAGUUUCGAGCAAAACCAGCAAUGCCCAGUUGGGCAAAAGAUCGGAUUCCAAAUCCAACAACCACUCCGGCGAGCUCUCGGUCUCGUCCGAAACAAGCCCGAGAGCCUCGGAGACGGGCCGAUCCGGUACGACGCCGCGUAAUUGGAAGCCGGCUCACCGGAGAUCGGUUUCUGCUGGACCACCAUUGAUCUACUCUGGUGGAAGCGUCAAUACCUGUAUCAGCACUAAUGCGAGUACUAAUACAGCAACUUCUUCAUCAUCUUCUACUUCAAUUGUCUCAACGACCACUGUGUUUCCAAGCGGCAAUAUAUGCCCAUCUGGGAAAAUCACUAAAUCUGGAUUGGCCUGCAGAGCAAGCAACAAGACUGAUGUUUUGGGGUCUGGGUGCGGGAACUAUGGUCAUGGCAGCAUAGUGAGAGGCGGAGGUGUGAAAUUAGAUUCAAAUGUUAAUACAAGUGGUGGGAGUAAUGCUAAUGUACAGUUGGGUGGAGAGUCUGUGAUGGGGAAGAGGGCAAUGGGGAACUCUGAUCCAGAGGAGGUGAAGAAGGCUGGCAAUGAGCUUUACAGAAGAGGCCAUUUUGGUGAGGCAUUGGCAUUGUAUGAUCGUGCUAUAUCAUUGUCUCCGGAAAACGCCGCCUACCGGAGUAACCGGGCGGCGGCAUUGACGGUGCUCGGGAGGCUGCCGGAGGCCGUGAGGGAAUGUGAGGAGGCUGUCAGGUUGGACCCUGGUUAUGGAAGGGCGCAUCAACGGUUGGGUUCUCUGUAUCUUCGUUUUGGGCAAGUUGAAAAAUCCUACCGUCACCUCUGUAUUCCUGGCCAACAGCCGGAUCAGUCUGAGUUACAGAAGCUGAAGUCACUCGAGAAACAUCUGAAACAAUGUGAGGAUGCCCGUAAGCUUGGCGAUUGGAAAAGUGUGCUUAGGGAAUCUGAGGCUGCCAUAGCAACUGGAGCAGAGUCCUCUCCUCAGCUAGUGGCUUGUAAAGCAGAAGCUCUAUUGAAGCUACAUCAACUCGAAGAUGCCGAAUCCAGCUUAACAAACACACCAAAGUUUGAAAAUUACCCUUCUUCUUGCUUGCCAACCAAAUUCUUUGGUAUCCUUAUUGAAGCUUAUGUACUGUAUGUGAGAGCCCAGGUUGAGAUGGCAUUGGGAAGGUUUGAGAAUGCAGUAGUAGCAGCAGAGAAGGCUGGACUGAUUGACUGCAGUAAUGUUGAAGUUAUGAGGGUAUCAAAUAAAGUGAAGAAGGUUGCAAAUGCUCGUUCCCAGGGCAACGAUCUUUUUAGCUCGGGAAGAUUUGCUGAAGCCUGCUCUGCUUAUGGAGAGGGCCUCAAAUAUGAUAGCUCCAACUCUGUUCUCUAUUGCAAUAGAGCAGUUUGCCGGUCUAAGCUCGGACAAUGGGAACAGUCUGUUGAAGACUGCAAUCAAGCCCUCAAGAUUCAACCUAAUUACAUCAAAGCCCUUCUUCGAAGGGCUGUCUCUAAUGCAAAGCUUGAUCGAUGGGCAGAGGCAGUAAGAGAUUAUGAAGUCUUGAGGAGGGACCUUCCUGGAGACAAUGAGGUUGCUGAAUCUCUUCACCGGGCGCAAGUUGCGUUGAAGAAGUCUCAUGGAGAGGAACUUCAUAAUGUGAAGUUUGGUAGUGAAGUGGAAGAAGUUUCUAGUUUGGAUAAGUUUAAAGCUGCAAUAUCAUCACCUGGUGUUUCCGUUGUGCAUUUCAAAGUUGAAUCCAAUGAGAAAUGUGAAGAAAUAUCCCCAUUCAUAAAUAUGCUUUGUGUUCGAUAUCCAUAUGUUAAUUUUUUUAAGGUGGAUGUGGAGGAGAGCUUAUCCAUAGCGAAAGCUGAGAGCAUAAGAACCAUUCCAACAUUUAAAAUUUACAAGAACGGAGAAAAGGUUAAGGAGAUGGUCCGUCCAAGCCAUCAGUUCUUAGAGGACUCGGUGAGAACCUGCAGCCUCUAGCAGACUUGCCCAUUUCUGGUCUGUCCUCAUAUUUUAUGGUAAUUCUCCUGGUAUUUACCAUUAAUCAUUUCAUACUAGGAUUACCAUUUUUACCUGUGUCAUAAUCAGCAACUUAAUUGUUUCAGAAUUUAAAGGCAGAGAAAUCCUGCAGAGAGAAAUAGCUUGUUAGUCCACAUUUGGAAUUAUAUACAUAUAUAUAUUUUUUAUUAAUUUUCUCUCUAGAUUUUUCCAUGCCUUUGGAUUCCAUUGGUUGUCCUUUUAAAGUUUUUUGCUUCAUAAUGCCAGCCUCAUAUUGUGUCCAUGUUCCUGAUUUUGAGUAAAGGAGCUGAGAAAAGUGUAUAGUUAAUUAUUAUGUCUCUUUGGUUGAGUAUUUUGGAGAGAGAAAGAGAGGAGCAGGGGGAGAUGUUGGCUGGUAGGUGGCAUUGUGUAAGAUCAUGUUACAUACACAUUUUUUCAAAUAUAAACAUUUACCUGCUUUUUCUUCUCACAGUGGUUUUUGAUUUUCCAAUUUUGGAUGGAUGGUUCAAUGUAUCAGUAUCAGUUUUGAGACCAGCAGCAUUUAUAGAUUCAUCUCGUAUUUAAAUAUCUGCCCAAAUUCAUUUUUAGGAAUUUUGUACCCAAAUUCAAAGACUUGCCGUUUUUACUUUUCCCUAUUUCACAAAUUUGAAAUCCCCACAGAGUGAAAUAGCCUUUGGUCUAGUGGUAGUUAUCUCCCGUUGGAGUAGUUCCUAAUUCUACUCAUAUGGGGGCGGAUUUGUUGCGAAAAUCCAGAAAAAGAAAGGAAAAAAGGUACGUACGGCUAAUUUUGGCAACAUUAUUGUUAUAAGACCUCCAAAAAAA